CUGAGAGGACACCCAGUUGACAGAGAACCAGCAUGUCCCUCACGUCCAUCCUCGCAGCAGAAGACAUUGAAAAUGCUGUGAAAGACUGCCAAGCUCCGGACUCAUUCUGCUACAAGAAGUUCUUCGCUCAAUGCGGCCUCUCCUCCAAGACGCCCGAGGAGGUCCAGAAUGUCUUCCGGAUCCUCGAUGAGGACAACAGCGGUUUCGUAGAGGAGUCGGAGCUCAAGUUUUUCCUGCAGAGGUUCCUCCCCGGAGCGAGAACAUUGACCGAGGCUGAAACCAAAAGCUUCAUGUCAGCAGCGGAUGACGACAGCGAUGGCAGGAUCGGAGCAGCGGAGUUCCAAAUGAUGGUCCUGUCCUGAGUUCCUGCAUGUGGAUCUCUUCAGUUCUUGCUUCCAAUUCAUUGAUUUUUUUUUUUUUUUUUUUAUUUGGUUGGCUUGUAUUUUAGUCGAUAUUCUAUCUUUAAAUGUCUGGCCCUCCCCCAUUAAAAGACAACAAUUAUUAAAGUCUGUCCU